GCGGCGGCGGCGGCGGCGGCGAUGGCGGUAAUAGCAGCGGCUUCAGACGAGGAGUCCCGCCGUCGCGGCCGCCGCGGUCGCCGCCGGCGCCGCUCCCGCACAUCGACCAGCCGAGACGGCAGCCCUUGAUGGAAGUGCCGCCGGCGCCCGGCACAGCGGACACGACGAACACGAUGGCCACCGAAGCCACCACUGCGGUCGCCGGCACCGAGUCGGUGCAGAAGGCGCGGCAGCCGCCGCCGCCGACGUAUGUGCCGUCCCAGGACCAUUAUAGCCGCGUGCGGUUCGUCGACGAGGAGCAUGGCCGCCAGGAGGAAGGGGAGGGAGCGGAUCGGGGGCGCUCGACGCCACCCAUCGACAAGACCCAGACCAAGGGCGGUCCCAAAACGUGCGCCCUCUGCGUGUUUGCCUGCUGUGCCUUCUUCUGUUACCGGUGUUUCAUGGACGAGGACUUCUGAAGGCCUUGUCGACGGCCUCGUUCCCCGGUCGUAACGCACACACACUCUCUCUCUCUCUCUUUCUUGUUCGUUUCCUUUCCGACGUACCCGGCUGGCCGUCGAUGCCAGUCGCAGAGGCUUUGACGACGGGACAACGGGACAACGGUUGAAGGAAUAAACAAACGAAUGCAAAUACGGCAACAGAGCAUACACAGUACCCCGAGUGCACGGAAUGACGUGUUUUGGAUCGAUUUCCUAGGGAAGGUCCGGGGCGUACACAGGUUGCGGGGAGUUUUAUGGAUGGGGUUGCUGGGGG